CCCUAGACUCGAGUGUCAAGAGUCAAGAGUCAAGACAGCUAGGACCUAGGUCACAGGACGUACCAUGGACUUUCGCCCUGGGCAGAGUUGGGAGAGAAACAGUUGAAAGGGGCGCCAACGGUGACCUACCAUUGGACCAACACAAGGCUAGAAGUGCACAGAAGUUGCAGACAGUGAAAGAGAAGCACGGCACGCAACCUGGGUCUCGUAGAGGUUUGCAAUUUACUGUUCGACUUGCCUCAACGAUUGAGUUUCUGUGAUCUGGAGGAGGUUGUACCCUGCUCGACAACAAAAUCUGCACCGUUACCAUUUUUCAAUAUGUCGUCAGCCAAGCAGAAAGAGCUGGAGUUGGCAGCAGCCAAGGCUGCUGAAAUCUUGAAGGGGAAGAAGACGGACACUGCAAAUAUGAGGGGGUCGGCGUUGCAACCCCCACCGGGGUCCCGCUUGCAGGCAACCAACGCCUAUGGACAGAAAGAUCCUGGUGCUGAAGUGAGCAGGUGGCAAGAGAGGAAGGAAGCCAAGGCCAACAUGUAUGCUAUGAGCACAGAGCAUGCUCCUGGGUUGGGAAUCAGGAGAAAAGAUACGAGGCCUGGUGCGGGGCAAGGCUCUCAGGUGUGCCAAAAGUGCCUGAAAGCAGGCCAUUGGACAUUUGAGUGUAAGAACGAGCGUGUUUAUAUAGCCCGCCCAACGAGAACACAGCAACUGAAGCAUCCGAAGCUGCAGCAGAAGUUUUUGGACCCGGAAGAGUUGCCACCGGAUGCAAGGGAAGCAGAAGCGGAGCAACGUGCUGAUGAGUCAAAGCAGGGGGCCAAGAGGGAUAAAAAGAAGAGGGAAAGAGAGGAAUCUACCACAACUUCCGAAUCAGGAAGCAGCGAAUCAGAGAGUGAUGGAUCAGAUGUCAGCAGCUCAGAGAGCGAAAGGGACAGGCGCAGGCGCAGGAAAAGGAGAGGUUCUGGCGGGAAGAGGCGGAGACGGGAUACUAGCAGUAGUGAAGAUGAGGAGACUGAUUCUGAGGAGGAUCGUAGAAGGAGGCGGAAGGGGCGAGCAAAGCAUGAUAAGAAGAGAGCUGACAGCGACAGUGAAGAUCCCGAUGACAAGGAUAGGAAGAAGAGGAGCGUUAGAAGGCGCAAAAAGGAUAUGAGUAGUAGUGACGAAAGCAGUGACCUAAGUGAGAAAAUCCAGGAAGUGACAUCGGGCGUGCUUUUGGUGUUGAAGGUCGUGAAGCCAUCGGGAACAGAGAUCUAA